GGUGACCUACAUAAUCAGUCAUAGAGCUUCCUUGAACGACACUUGGCACAGUUCGUAAACGUUAUCGCAGAAGUGAAAUCUAUAGGUAAAACCAGCCAUGAGUCAAUCUGUCUACCGAAUUGUUGUAUUGGUAGCACUAUUAUUGCAGGUAUUUUGUUCGGAACUUCCGGAAAACUGCAUCAACCCAGCUGGAAAGCAAGGAAAAUGCGUGCCAUUUCGAAAUUGUCGAUCUUUCGUCAAACUUCUGCAGCGUAGCCCGAUUCCUCCCAAAGAUAUGAGGUUUCUGAAGGCAAGUCAAUGCUCAGAACCGAAUGCAAGUGGUUCGUCGGUUUUAGUAUGCUGCCCGAAGGAGGAGAAACUUCUGAAACCUCCGUACUGUGGCGUAGGAGAAAGUGACCGGUUGAUUGGUGGCCAGUUAGCAUUUCUUAGUGAAUUUCCAUGGACAGCUCUCAUUGAGUAUCGUCGCAAUUCAAGCGACGAAACCAGAUUUCGCUGCGGAGCCACUUUGAUUGGUCCCAAAUAUGUUCUCACUGCUGCACACUGUGUUCAUGAAGGCUCUAAUGACUUUUGGAAAGCAAUCGGAGUUCGUCUGGGCGAGCACGACCUCGACACAACUCAUGAUUGUGAGUUCGGAGAGUGCGCAGCCCCACCCAUUACUGCGGGAAUCGAAAGGAUCAUUGUUCACGAGAACUACAAACCACGCCAUAAGGAGCAUACCGACGACAUUGCGUUGAUUCGACUGGACAGAGAGAUCCAGUUUAGUGAAGACGUUGCCCCCAUUUGCUUACCCGUCGAGGAAUCGAUUCGCAAUAGAAAUAUCAGUGGAAUAUGGAACGCUAAAUCCGUUGGUUGGGGGGUAUCUGAAUCAGCAAUCGCUUCGCGUCAGAAGUUGAAAAGCCACUUGGCCAUCUUGGAUUCCGAGAGCUGCCGCAAACUGGACAAGGCCACCCUUAGAGAUACGCAGUUUUGUACGGAAAUGCAAAGUGAUCGCGAAACAUGCACGGCGGACGAUGGGGGAUCCCUCGUUAUCAGGGGUCAUCUGAAUGGGUUGUUCGGGCACAACUUUCUGUAUGGCGUUGCUAGCUUUGGAAAGGAUAACCUUUGUGGAGCAAAAGGGGAGCCUGCAGUGUUUACCGAUGUUACUCAGUACAUCGAAUGGAUUGAGAGUAAUAUUGAGCUAUAAAGUCGGAACUACUGCAAGAAACUACAUUAAUACUGUAUAAUAUUCAAAAAUGAAGAAUCUGUUCCUAUUGCGAAUAAAACAAAGAAA